CGGCUUCCCCCAACCAAAGCAGCCAUCUUUUUAACAGUAGAGGCGAGCAGCAGAAAACGAGAGAGAGAUGGGAGGGAAAGGAGUUCGAAGAAGAGAGAAGAACUAUAACAAAGCACAUGGAGAGAAAUACAAACGUCUACCACCACCACCUAAAUCUAAUGACAUCGAUGCUAUGCCUUCUAAACUUCGUAAACUCAUGGAGUUCACUUCUCCUAAACCUAAUAUCAAGGAUAUCCCUCAUUCAGAAUCAAACCUAAGAUCUUCAAAAGGUAGUGAAAGUAAUGAAGGAAAAAAGAAAGGCACCACUGGAACUGAUAAAAAACCAAAUCCGAAGGAUGAGAUUGACUCUAAACCUGCUAGAUUCAGUGAGGAUGGCGAUGAUGAAAAUAUUGUAACACCUAAACAAGAAGACAGCGGAGAUGAAGGUGUAGACAAAGAUGAUAAGAAAAAUAAAAAGAGGAAGAGGAAGCCAGUUAAUGACCUUCGUUUCGAUGCAUUGGAAGGUCGUCCCAAGGGAUUAAAAAGAAAGGAGCGCAAGAAAAAGUACUUAGAAGCCAAAAAGAACAAACAUAAAAAAGGAAAGACAGAGGAUGAUAUGCUGGGCUUCCAAGGGCAUGAGAAAAUCAGGUUUGGGGAUGUAGUUGAAGCUCCACCAAAAUUGACUACAGUUCCUAAGGCAUCAAAACAACCUGUCCAAGCUGCUUUUCAGGAAAGGCUUCGCUUGCAGGCCAUUGAAGCUUACAGAGACCGUAAAAAAUGGGUCUCUAGGCCUGGACUUCAAAUUCCUGCUGCCGAAAUUGCAAACCCAUCUGUCUAAUACUCUAAUUUCUGUAAGUUAAAGGUAGAAUGUUUGUUAUUUUAUCAUGCCAUCUCCUAAGCAUAUUUUUGAUUAAUUGAGACUCUAUUUUUGAAGUUACAUGGUUCAUCUUCUCUGUAAUUUUGGAAAUGACAUUAGUUUUGUUACCCAAAAA